AUGAAAAACUGGAUCAAAGGUAUAAAAAGGCAUAUUCUUGAAGAAAACGCAUAUGUGACAAGCAUAGGAAAGCUGAAGUGUGGUUAUGUGCACAAAGCAUCCAGCGGUUAUGUGCACAAAGCAUCCAGCGGUUAUGUGCACAAAGCAUCCAGCGGUUAUGUGCACAAGGCACCCAGCAAUCUUCGAUCAUGGAGCAAGGAGAGGCUCAUAAGGUUCCAUCCUCUCUAUGGAACUAUUGCCCACGAGCACAAGCGCAAUCUUUCCAAAAAUGACAGCUACCGUGAGGGGAAGGAGGAAAUCCUAAGAAGUCUUCAGAGGCUAUCCGGAGAGAGCGUUUACAGCGUCCACCAUAGCUGUUAUCAGACUCAUAGAAGAAACCUGCAUGAGACUCAACACUCUGCCACACAGUCCACAACAGUGUUCGUGCGACAGCAGGUACGUAUAGCAGCAAAAUUCAUCAUUCAUGCCCCUCCAGGAGAAUUUAAUGAGGUUUUUAAUGAUGUUCGAUUAUUGCUUAAUAAUGAUAAUCUUCUCAGGGAAGGAGCAGCACAUGCAUUUGCACAGUAUAACUUGGACCAGUUUACACCGGUAAAAGUUGAAGGCUAUGAAGAUCAGGUGUUGAUAACAGAACAUGGAGAUUUGGGAAAUGGAAAGUUUUUGGAUCCAAAAAACAGAAUUUGUUUCAAAUUUGAUCAUUUAAGAAAAGAAGCAACUGAUCCAAGGCCAUAUGAAGCAGAAAAUGCGAUUGAAUCGUGGAGAACGUCGGUAGAGACUGCACUGCGAGCUUACGUGAAAGAACAUUACCCGAAUGGGGUCUGCACUGUGUAUGGCAAAAAAAUAGAUGGGCAACAGACCAUUAUUGCAUGCAUAGAAAGCCAUCAGUUCCAAGCAAAAAACUUUUGGAAUGGUCGUUGGAGGUCAGAGUGGAAGUUUACAGUCACUCCUUCCACCACACAGGUGGUUGGCAUCUUGAAAAUUCAGGUUCAUUAUUAUGAAGAUGGUAAUGUUCAGCUAGUGAGUCAUAAAGAUAUACAAGAUUCCCUCACAGUGUCUAAUGAGGUGCAAACAGCAAAAGAAUUUAUAAAGAUUGUAGAAGCUGCAGAAAAUGAAUACCAGACUGCCAUCAGUGAGAAUUACCAGACGAUGUCGGACACUACCUUCAAAGCCUUACGUCGACAGUUGCCAGUUACACGUACUAAGAUCGACUGGAACAAGAUCCUUAGCUACAAGAUUGGCAAAGAGAUGCAGAAUGCAUAAAUGAAAGUUGCAUGACCAGAUUGUUUUAGUGUCUUUACGUUAAAAAAACAAUUAUUGCGAAAAGUAUUCUGAACUGUCAGGCUGCCCAGUCAGAUGGGCUGUUGCCACUUAAAUCACUGUAAUUGACUAGUUUGGUUAGAGCACAGAGCUUAGCUAAUCCGCCAUUGUUUUCAUUGCUUUUGUUCUGAGAGUUGGAAAUGAGUUUAGUAUGAGUCUUUUACUCUGUUCCUCCUUCCUUACAGUGAAGAGGUGAUUCCUCUGGGUUAUGUUUAAAGGGUUUUGAAAUAUUUCAAAAGUAUUUUAAUUACCAGGACCCUGAAAUUGUCUUUGGCUUAUGAAAGGGGCAACUUUUGAUGUUAGCCCAGGUAUUUUUAGUGGGGUCAGUAACAGACACUCUAGUUAAGGUGGUUGAUGGACUUAGCCAUGUAUGCUGCUAAAGAAAUUGUCUACCUUUUCCUUCCACCUCUUCCACGUAUGUCAGAUUGAGAUUAGAGGGAAAGCAUUUUCUAUACCUGUUAUGUUAAAACCUUCGCAGUAAGGUUAUUUAGCUAGCUUAGUGUCUAACUAAACUUUUUUAAAACAAGGCCAAGGUCUGUUGCUGUUUUGAGAUUCUGAAAUUAAAUGAGAAUACUUAUUUCAGAAAUGCAUUUAAUGCUUUUUUUCUUGUGACAGUUAUGCAAAUUAGCUUGAAUUCCAUAUGUCCCUGAGUUAUUUUUAUCACAAAGCCACAAGUGUAUUAUAAGGCAGAUUGUAAUAUAUAUAUAAUCCUAAACUCAUGACCAUGUCUCAGUUGAUUCUCCCUCCCCUUGGAUUGAAACUGAAUUUCAUUGUGACAUUAAAAUGGCAAAAUUUGGUAUUUAUUUGAGUAAAAACGUCAUUUGCCAGUGAAUCAUACACACUAUUUUAAAAUACUUUCUUUGUAUAUUGUCCUUCUUAACAAGUUGUAAGUUAGGAAAUUUGGGCGUCCACAUGGUGUGCAGCUGCAUCUUUGGUUCUCCAUCUUCCUAUGCAUCAUGAGCAUGUUUGUGAUCCUUUAAAAUAUAUCACUGACGCCACAGGAGUUCAAGCCUUGGUGAAUGUUAGCAUUUGCUAUGAGGAGUUGGUGGAUUUGUGGUUUCAUUCAGUAGUUUGCUGCUUAUACUCGAGUGGAAUCCAUUCCUCAUGUACUCCUGCAGACAUCUGGGCCUGAAAAUGUUUUUUUUUUUU